AUGUCUACUUCUGACCCUCGCAUCGAUAGUAUCCUGGCAGCCCUGGAGAAGUUCUCCUCCUCUCUUUGCCAACAGCUCGACUUCAAUCAACAAACUGACCAACGCAUUGCCACUUUGAUGAACCGUCUCGACCAGUUCGAGUCGUCUCAAUUUGACAACCUUGAAACCCUCCUGAAGGCGGCUCCUAGCAACUCCAAAUCAACUCCUAGUGACGAAUCCACACCCCAAGUUACUGCUGGCUCUCACCAUCUUAACCUUACUCCCAGACCUGAUGCCAUUGACACCUCCAUGGUCCAACAACCAAAACUCAAGAGCACUUGGGCUUCCAUUGCCAGUAAACCUCCUGCUCCCCUCAACGACCGUAAGCGCCAAGCUCUACACCGCUUCUUCAACCCACCCGUCAAUGAUUCCAUUCAAAAUGGUUCUUACACCUUCGUUUACAUCUCUCGCUCCCGUCGUAUGAACCGUUCUCAAAUUCGAUCGAAAUUUCACGAAAUUUCGAUCGACAACCUCCGAGUUCUGGACCUGAAUUUUCCUGCUUGUAACACUAUUGGUAUUCUUUUGCAUGAAGUCUACCUACCUGAGUUCCAAUCGAAACUUCUGGAAAUCGAUGCCCACUUGAUCCAGGAUUUUGAUCCUUUGGAUCAUCACCAUGUCGCUGACCCUAAGUACCAAGGCCUCUCUGAAGAGCGUCGCACCCAGUUGGCCAAGGCUCUCCACCAGAACCGCUGCAUCCGUUCUCUCUACUUUAUCCGUCCCCAUUUCGUUCCCAGUGUUGCUAAGUAUUUCAUUCGUAAAGGAUGGGUAUCUAGCCACGCUGCCCAGGACAUCAUCAACCAAAGGCUCCGUCGUCCUGUUAAGAGACGCCCUGACCCUCACUCUGCAGUUGCACAUACACUCCAAACCUCCCAACCUUCUGGUUUCUCUGCUCAAGCCUCUUUUACUCUUAGUUCUGCCUCUCAGGUUCCCCCUACUGCUACUCUUCAAGAUUGGUAUGGCAAUCCCGUCUCCACUCAAGACAUGGAUACCACUCCAGACUUCGCUUCCAAUGCCUCUGGUUCCGAGAGCUCUCGCCCCAGCUCUCCUAUCUCUGACGUCAUUGACCUCCCUCAAUGA